CUUUUGAAGGUCGGUUGGUUGCGGAUUUAUAGUUAUAGCGUUACAAUGGAAGUCCUCCAACACCUUCGAGGACCUGUACCUACUACAAUGAGAGAAGUCAGUGCCUUGUCCCAACUAAACCUUGAUGAAGAUGUUCCAUCAAUUCAGGGAGCUAAUUUCCCCAUAUUGUUGCAGUCCAACACUGAUACGAAUUUUAGUGAUAUAACCGCAUUUAAAUCCGCUUUUGCGCGUUCUGCUGAAGAUGCAAGGGUUUACUCACACCUCAAUACUCUGCUUGAACAAGGACAAGAGUACGCGAUUAUGCUGUACACAUGGAGGUCGAUAUCUAGAGCUCUUCCAUUUAUCCGAUCAAGUGACCAGCCAAAUAGAAUAAAGAUAUAUGAAAAAACGAAGGAGAUAUUAGAACCGCAUUGUCUAAAAUUGAAACAGUUCAUGUUCUUUCAAGAUGCAGCUAUACGGAGGUUUGUGGAAGAAGUAAAACGUUUGGCUCAUAAGGAUCAGAAAAACUUCUUCGUAAACCAGGCUUAUCUCGUCACACUUGGGAAAAUGAUAAAAAUGUUUGCUCUUCUAGAUGAAAUGAAGAACAUGAAGGCAAGCAUGAAAAAUGAUUAUUCUAACUACAAAAGAGCCGCCCAGUUUCUACAAGUUAACGAUCCCGAUUCUCACGACGUGAGUAUAUUCUUGGCGAAGCAAAAAAUCAUUCGUGAUACACUAAAAGAAAGCUUGAUUGCAAUUGAUGGCUAUGAGGACCUUUUGAUAGAAAUCAUUCACAACAGCGCUCAAAUGUAUGAAAACAAGGUUUAUAUCCUUCCUGAAGAGAAACACACUCAUGUUAUAGUUAUAGCUUUUUCCCUUUAUCUUCUCGAUUCCGGUCGUAUAGUUGAUGGUAAGCAAGUAGGUGUUUGCCUGAAUAAAAUUGCAAAACGUCUAAACAUUGGUAAAUUAGAUCGGAUUUUAAAGGAAUGUGAAGUUGUCAAUCUGUUCGGUGAUAUGAGUGUGGAACCAUUUUCAUAUAUUCGUCAAACAGCGUCAUUUGAUCCAUCUAAAUGGCCAGAGUGCAAUAGUGCUAAAGUUUCUGGUCAGGGAGUGAUCUUAACGCACAUGGCGAGAUUUCAAGAGGAAUAUACUUCAUUGACAUCCGAUUUAGCUUGGCAUACAAAUACAACGUCGAUUCGUUUAAAUGAACGUUCUGCCAAAGAAAACCAAGAACUUUAUGAUCUUGCACUUCGAGGUCUUCAAUAUUUAUCUGGUUGGUCUGUACAAGUGUUAGACACAUUUUCAUGGAAGCUUGCUCACUGUGCCAGCGGUUUCACAAACCAUGAGUGCCCAAAAGAUGCUGAGAAUUAUGAAAAAGCCACUCGUUAUAAUUACAAUUCAGAAGAAAGAUUUGCUAUGAUUGAAAUAAUCAGUAUGAUUAAAUCUGUUCAAACACAACUUUUACGAUUGGAAGCUUGUUAUUCAGAAGCGAUUGGUCGUUCUGUUUAUCGAGAACUACAGGCGAUUGUUGUCGGCCAAUUAAGUGCUCCAUUGCUUAAAGCACAAAAGAAAAAAGAACGAAUCAUGCUGGCACGUUUAAUACUUGCGAUUCAAGCGACAUGUGCUGAUCAAAUAUCCGACACAAUGGAUUUGGAUAUGAUGAUGCACACUAGUAGCAGUAGUGGUGGUGGUACAACAGGAUCCAAAUCAUGGGGUAAAGCUGCUUCUUCAAAACUAUCGAAUUCAAGCAAUAAUAAUAAUCAUAAUAAUAGUAUGACUACAGGGUCGAAUUCUACGAUGGCUACUGUCGCUGCUUCACUAGCCAAUAAUAAUGACAGUCCAACAGGCUCGAUUAGUACAAGUAGUAUAUUUGAUUCAAAUAAACGUCGAGUUGGUCCAUCAUCUAGUCAAUUGUAUUUAGUACGAACUAUGUUAGAAUUAAUGGUUGAACAAGUUUCAUCAACCAAACAAAUGAUACGAAAAGAAUUGGACACUGCAACAUUAUCAGCGAUAGAUACAUUUCUUAAGCAUAGUUUUUAUUGGCCAUAUCUUCUGAAUUUCAGUGAAACUUUAAUCAAGUGUUGUGACCUAUCUCAACUAUGGUAUCGUGAAUUCUUCCUAGAAAUGACUAAUGGUGCUUGUAUACAAUUUCCAAUUGAAAUGAGUUUACCAUGGAUAUUCACCGAUCAUAUUCUAGAAAGUGAACAUCCUGGUUAUACGGAAUAUCUACUCUAUAUGCUUGAUCUUUACAAUGAUGCUGCUGAUUGUGCAUUAAAUCGAUUUCGAAGACGAUUUCUGUAUGAAGAAAUCGAGGCUGAAGCGAAUUUAGUCUUUGACCAACUUGUUUAUAAACUAAGUGAUAAAAUAUUUCGACACUAUAAACGCUAUGCAUCAUCAAUUUUAUUAGACAAACGAUUUCGAGCUGAAGCCCAACGUACUGCUUCAUGGCGUGAACCUUAUCCACCGCCUAAUCGUUAUACUGCAGCUUUGCUUCGACAAAGAAAUAUUCAAUUGCUUGGUCGUUCUGUCGAUAUAAACCGAUUAAUUUGUCAGAGGAUGACUAAAGCAAUAUACAAAUCAAUUGAAGUUGCUAUUUCACGUUUCCAUAGUUCAGAUAUAACAGGAAUAAUUGAAUUGGAAGCAGCUAUUGAAUGUAAUCGACUUUGUCAUAGAAUGUUGAGUGAACAAUUGGAAUUAGAUGAUUUUGAUGCAUUAUUACGUGAAGCGGAUAAUUUAGUCACUUCUAGAUUAGGAAAAAUUACUGUUCAUGUAUUUUGGGAAUUAACAUAUGAUCUUGUUAAAAAUUACUGUUAUAAUGAUGCUACUAACAGAUUUGUACCAACAAAUUUUACAUUAACUGAAGUGUUAGAACGUGAGAAACCGCCAACAGUUGAGGCUCAAUACGUUUGGGGUAGUCGUUCGUUAAAUACAUGCUUUGAAACUAUAUUUAAAUUAUAUCGUGGUUUUGUUGGUGCACCUCACUUUUCUGCCAUUUGUCGUUUAUUGGGUUAUCGAGGUCUGUUUGUUGUUACGGCUGAAGUAAUGAAAGUUGCUCAAUCAUUGCUAAAUCAAACAUUACGCGAUUAUGUUUGCCGAUUAGUGCUUCUUAUGCCUCAAUCAUUGAUACUUCCAUCAGAGAAAGCUGAAUCUGAUGCUGUAUUCUCGGCUUUAUACACUCAAUUACAUCAAAUCUAUAAAUAUACAGAUUUAAGAACUAAUGUAUUUCAAAAUUUUCGUGAAUUUGGAAAUAUUCUUAUCUGUUGCUUACAGUUAGAAAAGAAUUUAUCAAUUGAAGAUUCAUGUGAUCUUCGUCAUGCAGGGCCUUUUAUUGGACAAAUGCCAAGACAGUUCUUCCCUCCUAUUCCAUCUCAUGAGGAAGGAUUAAAAGGUAAAUCAAUUAAUGAAUUAAGACGUGAACGUGAAAUUCAAUACAAAGAAUUACAAAAGAAACAAGAAUCAAUGAAUAUUGUAUUAGUUGUAUCACGUAUUGGUACUGAAGAUGUAAGUUAAUAAAAUCUUAUAUACAAAUCUACGUGAUCUCUAUAUGUAUUUAUCAUUCUCUAAUCUUGUAUUAUAUAUUUUUUAAAAUAGCGUUUCCUUUUUGUUCAUUUUCUUAGUCGUUUCAUUGUUUAUAUUGAUUUAAUUGUGCGAACUAAUCUGUAGAGUAUUAUACUAGAUUAAUGCCCUGGUAUGGCCGAGAGGGGUGGGCCCGCCCUCCCUCUCGAAAUGCCCUCACAUGGCCACGCGUAUGCAGCCUCUGCCAGGGAAGUUCUACCCACUGCCUUCUCGUGACGGGGGUGUUGUUUACGAAAAUGAGAGGACGAAAAGCGAAUGUGCGGCGCUUUAACCGGAUUCCAAACCAAUGGUACACAUCGGCUCCAGUAUCCUGCGGGAACAAAUGGCGUAUGAACCAAUCGUUGGUCACCGGCUACCAUGGGACUGCAUCUCUUCACUAUGCUCCACUGCCUUGUGGGUCAAACCUUAAGGUCAAAAGCUCGGGGUGUGGUCCCCUAAGAAAACCACCUGGUUCGGUUUGGGCACCCGGGCACUAUCACAGUCCUCACACAAAUCGAAUGAUUUAUGUGGCGCAUAUGUAUUUGGUGCCUCCUUGUACCAAUAUCUGUGUUAAAAUAAAUAAAUAAAUAAUGAUAACUAGAUUAAUUUAUAACUGAAUUUGAGAUAGAUGAAAUCUUGUAAUAAUCAGUCAUCAUCUUAAGGUCUACCUACUAAUAUGUAUCAAUUUAAAUUGUCCAAUUUUAUAUCAGCAUAGAAAUACAGUGAAAACGGACAAAGUAUGGAACAAAGGUGAGGUACUAAUUCAAUCUACAAAGGAAAGUGAAACAGAUGGUAUAUAUAUAUCAAGAUUUUUCUUUUUAAAUGCCUCCUAUUUAGUAGUGGGUAACCAGUAUUACUAUUAUUUCUUCAUUAAACUCCAUGCUGUCACAUAUUCCACUUAAAAUGUUUCAAUCGGUUAACGAAAAAAACUAUACAUUUUUCUUCCAUUGAAUAGUAAAUAAACUAAUUUGUCUAAAAGCGAUAUCUUAUAUACUAAAAUAUAACUGUACUGCAUAACAGUACAAUCUUCUAUAGUUUAUAACUGUGAAAUGUGGUUUUUAAAAUUAGAUGGCAUACGUAUUUUACUAUUACUUGAUCUUAAAUGUAGUGUUAUCAAGUAAAGAUAUCAAGUUGGAUGACGAAACUAAAUUUCUCAUAACUAAGUGGUUGACAUAUAUAUUACGUAAUCCCAACCACUGCCAACCUCGACACAUGAUGCUGGUUGAAGUAGUUGUAGUUUAGAAGAAACCCAGGAGCAACCGAAACUACCGGUAGCAUCAAUUCAUAUUGCUUAUUGAAUGUCAGUCUGAGUCAUGUUAGUAGGUGCAGACUGCCUAGCUAGAGUCAUCAUGAUAAUCGGAAUCACUGGUUAAAGAUGCCCUGUCACACAGCUUAAAGUCAAUCGCAAUGGACCAUGCGCAUUUACUGGAAAAUGUAUCAUCGAUGCUAUCUGGAUAAUCGUAGCUCAAUAUAUCGGAUAUUGUGCAAAGUUUAAAAUGUAAAGGAUUGAGUCUGUAUUUAAAUUCCCUGAAGUAAUGUAGUUACUCUCCUACGGCUACUGUCAGUCUUAAACCCGGGUAAAGGAAGAGUGUUGACAUGGGAUCAAUAACCCUAUCCCGUAGAAUACAACCUUGCUAAAAAACACUAACCAUAAUAAACAAAUUAAACUAUUUUAACUCGUCGCUGACACUUGAAGGAUCUUCAUUCACAGGAAUUAUCAUGCCUCAGGGCGAAACCCGAGAUUAUUCGGAAGUCAGAAGGCCGAUGCCCCUUCUUACAACCGGAACAACAGUUUUUAUAGGUAUAUAGAAUGUUCAUACAAUGUGGGAGACCGGGAGGACCAGUCAAAUGGCAACAGAAACGAGAAGAUACAAUUUGACAGUGCUCGAAAUAAAUGAAACCCAUUGGACACAUGCUCGACCGAAAAGGAUAUAUUCGGGAGAGAUGCUACUGUACUCUGGUCACGAAGAGGAAAAUGCUCUAUACACUCAGGGAGUUGCUCUGAUGCUAUGCAAAGAAGCACGUUAAGAACUUAUAGGAUGGGAAUCUCAUGGACCCAGAAUAAUCAAAUCAUCCUUC